AGAAAGUAGAGUGAUUGACCGCAGCGGAUCCGGUGUCUCGAGCUUAGCGUCUUAUUACUUAAUCCAAUCCAUGACAAUCUUGGUAGCGACAAAAGUAUGAACCUCGUCUGCAAUCUAUUCGGUUGAUUGUUUGCAAAAUCCAUUGAUAAAGUCUCUCGGAAGAAGUGAGCAGAGGACUGGGAAUCGUUUUACUGGAUCGGGUUUGUGAGGAAGGAGAGAAAGGCGAGGGAAAUGUGGGGAUUUGGGGGUAGGUACUACUGGGGGAGGAAGGAAGGUGGAGGGAACAGGGAGGGAAUUGUUGUGGUUUUCGCGUGGAUGUCGAGUCAGGAGAGGCACUUGAGGAAUUACGUUGACCUCUACUCCUCCUUGGGUUGGAAUUCGCUUGUCUGUCACCCGGAAUUUCUGAACUCGUUUUUCCCUGAAAAGGCUGCCAAAUUAGCAUUUGACGUUCUUAAUGAAUUGGUUGAGGAUCUUAAGGUUAGGCCCUGCCCUAUAGUCUUUGCAUCAUUUUCUGGUGGUCCAAAAGCUUGCAUGUACAAAGUUCUUCAGAUAAUUGAAGCAAAGUGUGAACCACAACUGAAUCUGGAUGAUUGCCGGUUGGUUAGGGACUGUAUUUCUGGUCAUAUUUAUGAUUCUUCUCCAGUGGAUUUUACUAGUGACUUGGGUUCCCGCUUUGCUGUUCACCCGACCAUUCUCAAAAUGUCUCAUCCACCAAAAUUUGCAUCAUGGAUAGCAAACAGCAUUGCUUAUGGGCUUGAUGCUCUCUUUCUCAGCAAGUUUGAAUCCCAACGUGCUGAGUAUUGGCAGACCCUGUACUCCUCUGUGAGCAUGGGGGCCCCAUACCUCAUUUUAUACUCAGAAACGGAUGAUCUUGCUCCUUAUCAAACCAUUUGUAAUUUUGCUCAACGACUUCAACAACUUGGGGGUGAUGUGAAACUUGUGAAAAUGAAUGGCUCUCCUCAUGUAGGCCAUUACCGGCUUUAUCCAAUUGAUUACAAGGCUGCUGUUACCGAGCUUCUCGGUAAGGCUGCAGCAGUAUAUUCCCAUAGAAUACGUGGACUUGAAGGUGAACGAAUGGGAAUAGAGGGGGCACAUGAUGAUGAGGUUUCUGGUCCAAUAGGUGACCUAAGGAAAGCAUCUGCGGGUCCAGACCAAAGCUUUCGUGGAGUUUAUCUUGCACCAAGUGAUCAUUUUAGCUCAAUGGAUUAUCAUGAUGGUAGAGAUGCUGGGUUUGUGCAAGAUGAACACAAGGAAAGCCUAAUUCAUUUGCCUAGCCCACCAAGCAUUAACGCGCAUGGGGUUCUAGGUCAAAUCCUUUUUGAUGUUUGUGUCCCUAAAAAUGUUGAAGGUUGGGAUUUAAGGUCCUCAGCUUCCUUACAUACACUCCGACGGAGCCAGAGGCAAGCACCAUUCAAUCCUAUCAAAUCUAUCCGCCGCUCAAGAUUAUAAAAUGCCAACUGCCAAAUCUGAUGGAGGUCAGAUUUUCAAUUUUCGGAAUCUGUAUUUUGUUUUUGUAGCGUACUUAUAUGGCUCCGAAGGGUUACGAACAGCAAUGGGGUGGCCAAAGCAAAGGAAUGAAGAAUCUCAGAGAACUUUGUCGAGUGCUGUUCUGAGGGAGAAUAUUGGAUGGUGCCAUGGUUAUUGCUGAUAACAUUUGAGUGUACAUAGGUUUUGCUGAAGAAGCACUUGGUAUGGAGUUCAUUGGAUAUCAGGGAGCUAAAAAAAUAAGAAGCAUUUGUGACUGUAAAUUCACUAAACUACUAAAAUAAAUUGUUUCAGUUGCUGUAUGGAUGAAUUCCUUGUCAGUUUCUAAGGUUGACUGAUAAAAAAAAAAAAAGCAGUCAUGAAAUCCA